AUGACUAUUGUUGCUCUUCCUACUCUGGUCAUACUCGUCAUAAUCCUUAUAGCGACUCUUCACCCGUCCUACUCCCAUCCUCCGCAUCACUACCAUGUCCUACGUGGACGGGCCUUGGGCUCAACACAACCAGGCCGCGCCAACCCGAGACACGAGAAGAUCUUUAUCGCAAGCAGUAUCUACGAUAAGCAGGGCCGGCUAGCCGCUGGAGCAUGGGGCAAAGGAGUCCUCGCCUUGGUGGACUUGCUGGGCCCCGACAACGUGUUCCUCAGUGUCUUUGAAGAUGACCCGGAUACCUUGGCGACAGCAGCUCUACAGCAUUUUACGAAACAGAUCAAGUGUAACUCCUCGGUUCUUGCAGAACAUAUCGAUCGCGGGAUUUUGCCCCAUGUCAAACUUCCGAACGGCGAGAACAGGUUGAAACGCAUCGAAUUUCUCGCUCAUGUUCGCAACCGCGCCUUAGCACCCUUGGAUGACCCCACCUCUUCUGCGUACUCGACGCACUUCGACAAGCUGCUUUACAUCAACGAUGUUGUCUUCGAUCCCAUCGAUGCUGCAAACCUCUUGUUUUCGACCAACGUUGACAAAAGCGGCAAAACACAAUACCAUGCUGCGUGCGCUGCCGACUUCAUCAAUCCUUUCAAGUACUACGACACGUUUGCGACAAGAGAUCAUGAGGGCAACCGCAUUGGUGUGCCUGUAUAUCCAUGGUUCAGCAGUAGGGGCAGAGCAGAGAGCCGAAAAGAUGUGUUUGAUCAGAAAGAUGCCGUAAGAGUCAGAAGUUGCUGGGGUGGUAUGGUAGCCUUCAAUGCGAGAUGGUUCCAACCAGAUGGCUUGCAUGUGGACCUAGGCGUUGCUGACUUGGUGGUGGACCACAAUGCCACGACUCCGAGCUCAGCCGUGUUGAUCCCCAUUGGUGCCGGCUCCUUGGGUCUCACGCCACCAGCGACUUCCCUACCCGAGCGAGACAUCUCAUUGAAUCGACAUCUUGCAAGCAAUGUGACACUUCCAAUUCGAUUCCGAGCUUCGACGGACACCUUCUGGGAUGCAUCAGAAUGCUGUCUGAUACACGCUGAUAUUGGAGCAGCGAGCAAUCAUACUGGCUUGACAGCGACCGGCAUCUACCUGAAUCCCUACAUCAGAGUCGCGUACAGCAGCAGAACGCUUGCCUUUCUUCACAUCACUCGUCGAUUCGAACGUGUAUACACCCCGUUUCACAAACUGAUCGGAUGGUCCCUUAAUCUGCCGACCAGAAAUCCUAGAAGGAUGCAGGAGGCGGGCAAAUCAUAUGAAGAUAUGGUUUGGGAGAGCAACGACCCCGAGUCGAUGCACGCAGGUGAUGUGUCUGCCGGAUACAAGAACAAGACAAGGGUGGCAUUGCCAGGAGGCUUUUGUGGAAGCCGUAAACUAUCUGUACUUGGUGAAGGACCUGAGAUGAGGAAAUGGUACAAUGAAGUUAUAGAGACACCCACUGUGGAGAGAUAG